UUGGGAGAGAGUGCCCAGUUUCCCGGCAGUUUUUCUGGGAAUGAUUGUAUGGGGAACGUGUGAUGGAAUCUGGAACUCUGUACCUCCAAGUCUAACUGGUUCAUUGUUUCCUCAUAAACAGGAAGCUGCCUUCAGUGCACUGAGAAUGGGGCUUGGUGUUGGUUUUAUCAUCGGGUUUGUGUCAGCUUUGUUUCUAAACAUUGAGGUUCAGUAUUACAUUGGGAUAGCAUUUUUAUUCAUCAUCAUAAUCACUGCAUCAAUUCUGUUCUUCACUACUCAGACAAAAGAGCAACUGUGUCCAUGCUGUGUAUCAAAAUAAUUUAUUUUGUUAGAAUCUAUUACAGUUUUCAUCAGGUUAUUCUUUAAUUAUCAUUAAGUUAUUAUCAUUCAAUUGUCAUCUGGUAUAAAUUGACU